UAAAGAUAUAUUUCGCUUAACCCGUUGUUUUUAACCCAAACUCUCUACCACAGCCGUUCGUGUACGCGCAAGACACGAGAACUACACGCAACGGCCAAUUAGUCAGUGUUGUACAUCGUGUAAAGCAUUAAGCCCCCUAAAAAAAACUUUUCUUCUCGCGCACGAUCACUGGAGCGGAGAGGAAGCUAAACUCGACGGCCAAUCGCCCACCAAAAACUCCCCCCAAACACCGAACACUCCUCCCGCGGCGCAUUAGUCGGCGAAACCAUAAACAAACCAUUCCCAAACGUACAACCAAGGGAAAGUAGCUCUCCAGACCCCACUCCCGGCCUUUUGCACUUUUUCGAAACGAUUCGUGCUAAUUGGCCUAUCCACUAACCACCCACGCUGGAGCCGGGCGUCUGCUUGGUAGGAGUGUUUCGUGUUGCGCUGUGCGUCGAGCAGUCGCGGCAGUGCUCCACGACGUUGCUGGCGUUCAUGCACAAACCAAGCGCGCCAUCGAUCAAAACACACGCGCACACACGAUCGACACGGGCUGUGAAGAGAGCAUCAUCAUCAUAACGCAAACACCAGCGCAAAAACGCAGCUCACUUUAUUAUUCAAUCACCAGCAGCCUCCCGCGGUCCCGAAUGCGAUCGAAUGAGCGUGAAUGAAGGUGGUUUGGAAAACGUCCGGUGGUAAUAUACUGCAAGCCGAAGCCGAUUCGAUAGGAUGCGUGGAAGUGCUGGCGACCGUGUGCUCGAUCGUGCUGAUGGUGCUGACCCUCCCGAUCUCGCUGUUCCUCUGCUUCAAGGUGGUGCAGGAGUACGAGCGGGCGGUCAUCUUCCGGCUCGGCCGAUUGCGGUCCGGAGGGGCCCGCGGGCCCGGCGUGUUCUUCGUGCUGCCCUGCAUCGACAACUACUGCAAGGUCGACCUGCGUACCGUGUCGUUCGAUGUGCCGCCGCAGGAGGUGCUGACGCGCGAUUCCGUCACCGUGUCGGUCGAUGCCGUCGUGUACUAUCGCAUCCGCGACCCGCUCAACGCAGUGGUGCAGGUCGCGAACUACAGCCACUCGACGCGCCUGCUGGCGGCCACCACGCUGCGCAACGUGCUCGGUACGCGCAACCUGUCCGAGCUGCUGACGGAGCGGGAAGCGAUCUCGCACUCGAUGCAGGUGACGCUGGACGAGGCCACCGAUCCGUGGGGCGUACAGGUGGAGCGUGUUGAGAUUAAGGACGUUUCCCUGCCCGACUCACUGCAGCGCUCGAUGGCGGCCGAGGCGGAGGCGGCCCGGGAAGCCCGUGCCAAGGUGAUCGCGGCCGAGGGUGAGAUGAAAUCGUCCCGCGCCCUCAAGGAAGCGUCCGACAUUAUGUGCGAAAGCCCGGCCGCGCUGCAGCUGCGCUACCUGCAGACCCUGAGCAGCAUUGCGGGCGAGAAAAACUCCACGAUCGUGUUCCCGCUGCCGAUCGAACUGAUCGGACCGCUGAUGAACUUUACCUCCUCGCUGGGCGUGCAGCGCACCACUGCCCCAGUGCGACCGAUGGCUCCGCCGGCCGCACCACCGUCCACAACGACCAGCACCUCGUCACCGCUCGGCGAUCCGAGCCAGCAGCAGUCGUUUGAGUAGCAACAGCAGCAACAGCAGCAGCAGCAGCAGCUACCGAGGGUACACUUGCAGCGGCGUCACCAUCAUCAGCACCGACGACAUCAGCAGCGGCUUCCGCACCACCACCGGGCCCGGGAAGCAGCCGGGUCCGCCGGCGGAGACCGUAAGAUCGGACCCGGUGCGAUCGUCGGGUCGGCAUCGUCUUACUCCAUCUCCUCGGCGGAGGACUCUGCCCUCUGCUCUCCCACCAACCGUUUGGCACGAUUUAUUCUAGACCUGUAAGGGAACCGCCAGGGGGAAGAGUAGGAGAAGGAAAUGCUCGAACUCACACUCACACACAUACAGAUAUACAAGCAAACGACGGUCUACUGGUUGGCAGGAUGCAAAUACUUUUCCAUCCACGUUGAACGAGCCACAAUCAAACGAAUUACCUAGUUGUUGAUGUUUUAACAGUGUUAUCAUUUUUGUCAUUCUAUUAUCUUUUGAAUGUGUUUUAACGUACUCCGAACAUGAUUGUAAAUAAAAAUAAAUAAAAGCCGUAUUCGUACUAAAACUAAACGUGUGCGGUCGGUACAUA